GUGAGACUAUCUCCAAACGUCAAAAAAAUUAUGAAUCAUAUUUUAAAUCAAUAAUGUAUUUUAUCCAGUGAAAUAAUUGUCUUAAUUCAUCGCUUUUCCAUCGAAUUAGCUUUAUUGAGCCGUUCAACUUGAAAAAACCUUAGUUUGCACAGAAAUCAUGACAAACUCUCAGUCUCCUUAUCAGAUCGGAGAUCGUGUUGAAAGCGGCGGUUUUAUCGGAACAGUGAAAUACGUGGGCCCCAUCGAGGGCAAAUCCUCGAUUUGGCUGGGAAUCGACUGGGACAACCCCGAGCGCGGCAAACACGACGGCAGCGUCAACGGAGUCCAAUAUUUCACCACCAGACACCCAACUUCGGGUUCAUUCAUAAGACCCGAGAAGGUCAACUACGGGAAAUCAGCCCUAGCGUCGAUUGAGUCCCGCUAUGGCCACAUAGAAGAUGAAUUCACCGCGAAAAUCAACAAACAAAAACAGUUACUUCUCCAGCAAAACAUGAACGCCCCCUUUUUGGAAAUGGUCGGCUUUGACAAGGUUUUCAACAAACAGAGCGAUUUCACUGCGUUGAGGAUUGUCACGCUGCGAGGGCAAGGGAUUAAGUAUGUGGGGCGGGGACUCGGGGACACGUGCCCCAAUAUUGAGGAGUUGGACAUUUCGAAAAACUUGUUGAGGUCGUGGGGGGACGUUUUGGAGCUUUGUGGGCAAUUGCCGAGGCUGCAGUGGUUAAAUGUCAGCGAGAAUUUACUCGAGUUGCCGGAAACCCUCAUUGGGGGUUUCCCAAACGUGAAAACUUUGAUUUGUGGAUGCAUGGAGCUGACCUGGGGGCACAUCUGCCGCCUCGGGCGUGUUUUCCCCUCACUCGAGGAGUUCCGAGCCCCGAAUAACCAAAUCUGUGAAGUUGGCUCACCUGAGGGGGUUUUUACCCAACUAAAAUUACUCGAUCUCGAAGGGAACAAAAUUGAAUUCUGGACAGAGAUUUGCAAGUUAGGGGGGUUACCCCACUUGGAGCAAUUGAUUUUAGAGGAUAUUGGGCUUCGGUCGAUUGAGUUUGAGGGGGAUUCCCCCAAAGUGGCGGUUUUUAGCACUUUGAAAAAAUUAUGUGUUGUGAAAAAUCUGAUAAAUGAGUGGGGCUCUGUGGCUGAGCUGAAUCGACUUGUAAGUUUAGAAAAUUUGCGAUUUUCCAAAAACCCAAUCACGGAAUCGGAAGAACCCGACACUGCGCAUCAGAUAAUUAUCGCGAAAAUUGCCAACUUGAAAAUUUUGAAUGGGGUUGAAAUUGAGACCGGUGAGAGACGGGGGGCUGAGUACGACUACAUAAAAAAAUACGGACUUGAAUGGUUGCAAGUCAAGGAGACUGAUAAAGAAGCCGAUUUUCUCAAGUCACACAACCGAUAUUUGGAAUUGAUACAAAAAUAUGGUGAGCUGGAAGAGAGCGAACUUGUUUCAAAACCGAAAAUUAUUAAAAAUACGCUGGUUCAAUUAAGUUUAAUUUUUGAGGACGUGACAAUAGACAAAAAAGUCCCCCUCACAAUAACAGUACAGAAACUUAUAGUCCUAACACAAAAACUAUUUAGCUUGAGUGGAAGGCCCCACUUGGUUUACGCCAGUAGAAGUGAUCCACAAAUUGAGAUAACUUUAGAAGAUGAAAUGAAAGAAAUCGGGGUUUAUUCAAUACAAAAUGGUGAUAAAAUUAUUGUAAAAGUGUGAUUCUUGUAUUAAUUUAUUUAAUAAAGUUUUUAAUAUUUUGCAA